ACGAAGCGUUUGCGGCUUUUUGCCCCUGUAAUAAUAAUAUUUUGGUGUACAAACAAUAUAAUUAGACUUUUGAUGUUAGAAAUAAAGUUUUUAUAAAUGAAGAUGAAUGCAACAAGUUUAUAUGUUUCAACUUGUCGUCUAAUUAUUUUAGCCGACGCAGCGGAUAAAAGUUCGUGGACAGAUUUGUUUCGUUUGGUUCCUUAUUUAAGACAAUCGCUAUCUUGCACUGUUUGUGGGAACUUAUUAAAAGAACCUUAUACUCCGACGAGUUCUGGGUGCCAACACCAUGUUUGUAAAAGUUGUAAAGGUGGUAGAAAAAAGUUAAAACCUUCAUGCAAUUGGUGUAAAGAUUACGAAAACUAUACAGAAAAUUUACAACUUCGUAUUCUUCUUCAGUGUUAUAAGAAAUUAUGUGAAUAUUUUAUGGGCACAGAUACGUAUAAAACUUUACUAGAACAAGACGAAAUAGCUGCUGGAGUAAAUGGCGGCACUGUAGCUAGUUCCGGUUUAAUAGAUUUGAUACAAGAAGGUGCUGGGUUUAACGAUGAUUAUAAAAGCACAGCAGGUCUAUCGAAAUCGGCAUAUAGUAUAUUACCUUGUGUCUAUACAAAUUCAACAUCAACACAAACCCAAGCUGCCUCAACCUCAAGUAGUUCUGACAGCAGAUCAACAAGUAAAGAUUCUCCAAAUUCCAGGAGUAUGUCAAAUGGGUCCCCACUUUACUCUGUCAUGUAUGCAGGUUCAGGUAACAAAAUCACAAUCAAAAGGAAAGCUGUUGAUGAAACAGAUUCCUCACAGGCAGAAAGCAGUCCAAGAGAAAGCAAAUCAAAUCAACUAGGUUUCAAGAAACCUUCAAAUAGGUCUCGUACCUCCACCAGCAGUAAAAGAAAAGGAUGCAGAUGCGGAAAUGCAACUGCAACUCCCGGAAAGUUAACAUGUUGUGGACAAAGAUGUCCAUGUUAUGUCGAAAGUAAACCUUGUACAGAGUGCAAAUGUAAAGGUUGUAGGAAUCCUCAUAGACCUGAUGGGAUGAAGGUGCGGCCACACAUACCUCAACUGGAGACAGUGCAGUUGACGAUCAAUUCAAAUCCGGACACAUCUCCUUCCUGUUCAGGAUCUAUGGAUAGCUUAGAUCCUGACACACUGACCAUGGAUUCUAUGGACGACUCCCUAACUUACACCACAGAACUGAAAACCUCUAAUAUUAAGGUGUACACAAGUCAAUUACAGGAAGUAUCACCUUCCUUGCCAGCUUCUAUAAUGAUGGACGAAGAGAUGAUGGGUUCACCAGAAGAUGAUCUGAGUUCUCCUCAUGAUUACACACAGUGUUCCCCUCAAGAGUGUUCAGCGUCACCUGGCCAAGAUAGUGAUAUUGAAGUGGAUGUAUGACAACAACUUUCCUUGAAAAGUGACUAGCUUUGUAUGUGGAAAGUGAUUGGAAUGCAAAGUACUGUGAAGUCAUAAGUAAAGACUGGCAUUACAAAGUGGACUUUUAUAAAAUUUCCUCAUAAGUGACCGUUGCAGUGACAUUAGAUCUUGCAUUUAAGGCUCAUUGGAGUGUCUAGUCGCUAUGGACUUAUUGAAUAUGUUAAAUUUUUGUAUUGUUCUUCAGCUUGUUAUCGGAAUAUAGUGAAUUAGAAGCUGAGACGGAAAUAUGUUGAGACAGAGAAGGACUAUUUGAUAUACAGUGGGAUUGGUACAAUUGUUGAAUAAUAUAAUCAAGGAAUACUUAUGAUUGAUGUUAGGCAUACAUAAAUAGGGCCCAUUGUGAGAUACCUCAAGUAAUGUAUAUGUACACUUAUUGUAUAUUGUCAAUCAAGGUGGUAAAUUUUAUUCUUGUACAAGAUGAACAAGUUUUACGAUUGUUUAAAAAUUUUAACUAUAAAAUAAUGCUAAUAUUAUAACGAUAUAACUUUUUUAAUGGAUAACGAAAUGCCAAUGUGUAUUUUAUUUUCUAGCUGAUAAGUAUUGAAAAUACCAAUGCCGAAUAAUAUUUAAAGAUGUCUUGUAAGAUCUUGUAUAGACUCUGCAUUAUUUUAAGAUUUUCUAGUUGUUAUUACACAAACGUUCUAUAUUUAUUUUGGUAUUUAUUGUUAAUCAGCGCAUUGAUUUUUUCGUACUACGGAAAGGUAUAGUUUGAUAAAAAAAAAAAAAUUGAGACCCAAUUUGUAAGUCACUACAGUUGUGAUGUUAAAAUGAAACAAUUCUUAAUUUAUUAUAUUGCUUGAGAAUUUAUUUAAUACAUCCAUUCAAUGGCUGACGAUCUGUUUAUAAUAAUUUAUGGUUUAUCUGAACAUUAAAUAAUCUCAAAGGCCUGGCCAAAGAUAAUUAUAUGACAGUUGUUUGAAAAUGUUCGGUACAGAUUAAAAAAAAGGUCUUAUAUUCUUGAAUUGGUUGACUGCAAUAUAGUUUUUGUGUGUAAAUGUUAUUUGUAAGUGUAUCUGUGAUAAUGCUAUCACCGAUAAUAAUACGAAACCAUUUUGUAUCCAGCUAAAGUUUUUUGGUAAAUAAAAAGCACUUGAGUACAAAUGAAAUUGUGUAGGUUUUUACUUUUUGAUGUGAAAACUAAUUGUAUAAGUAUUAAUGAUCGAUUAAUGCAAUUAUUGUCUUAGGAAUGAAAUAAAAUCAAUUAUUUUUGUUA